AUGUCUCGCCAUCAGUACGACUUGGUUAUGUGCAUGAAACUUCCUGGAACCUCUGUAGGGAAGGUUUGUGAUAGAUGUGAUGGAAGAUGUCCCUUAUGUGAUUCAGAUGUAAGGCUAAUUUCUAAGGUACGGAUAUGCGACUCUUGCUCCUCUGGAAGUAGUGGAAGCAGGUGUAUAAUUUGCGGAAGUCCUGGAACGCAUGAAGCGUUAUAUUGUUGGGACUGCCACAGAUCUGAACGAAGCCGAGAUGGCUGUCCCAGAAUUUUGAAUGUGGGUAGCAAUAAGACGGACAGGUUAUAUAACAAAAAGACGGCGGAUACCGGCAAAGGAGUAUAG